GCGUCGGCGGCGUCGCGACGCUUCUUCAGUCGAACGCGAGACACACGAGUCGGAGGACACGAGUUGAUCCGGAGGGGAAUGAGUUGUGGUGUUUAGGGGAACAGAAGACGAAGAGAAAAAUGAGAGACGUAGCCUUCUGCUGCCUCUUCCUCCUGGCCAUGACCCUGGUUCCAUGGGCCGCCGGCGCCGACAGGCACCGCAAGCGCGAGCUGCGUUCCCGCGGGAGCGUCGUCUACGCCGACCCGGACUGUCCCUACCCGUGCACGUGCCCAGCGGUGGGCCAGGAAGUGUGCAAGGGGUGCGAGGAGUGCCCCCGGCAGCUGGGGGAGCCCUGCGCCCAGGACCGGCCUUGCGACAUGCAGAGGGGGCUGGUGUGCCGCUACAAGCAUGGAGACGCGGAGGGGGUGUGCAGGGAGUCCGGAGGGGUGCCGUGCAUCGUCCACAAUAGGACCUACGAACACGGGGAGACGUUCACGCUGGAUUGCCGCACUCAGUGCGCUUGUCAGAAUGGAACGUAUGGGUGCUCGUCGCUGUGCCCGCAGGAACACAUUUCGCCCAGGGGGAGCUGUCAACACCCCAGACUGGUGGAUGUUCCGGAGCAGUGCUGCCGGGAGUGGAUGUGCGACAGCCAGACUGCAGAGCAACCUCCGUCGUGCCAGCCGGCCUUCUCCAGAUGGUCGACCUGCAGCAGCGAGUGCGGCGCCGGACUCUCUUCUCGAAGGUCCAACCUAAACGCUAGAUGCCAGCCGGACACGGAAAUCAGGAUAUGCCAGACCCGGAGGUGCCAGGAGACGGCGCCCCCCAUCCACCACAAGAAGCAGCACCACCUCAGGCGCGGCCACGAGUGCAAGGCCACCCACCGCCUCAGCAGCGGCGUGUACCUCCGUUUCGGUCCGUGCCGCAGCCGCAAGCGCUUCCGGCCCAAGUACUGCGGCCUGUGCCCGGUGCCGGGCAUCCAGUGCCAGCCCUCGCUCAGCACCACCGUGAAGGUGGAGUUCCUGUGCGACGGACCCCAGCCCGACGAGGUCAGCUCCGAGCUGCUGCCCGAGUACCUCGAGCCCGGCGAGGACCUCUGGGACGACUCCUCGCCCUGGAAGUCCGACAAGGUGUCCAAGCUGAUGACAGUGUCGGUCCAGUGGGUGCUCAAGUGUCGUUGCGAACCGGAAACUAACGAACCGACGUCGAGUACGGGCGAAGUGAUCCUGCACCGAGUGCACCGGACUGCCGCGCCGUGAACAUAUCAUGAGGAUGGAGCGCACACGACCGAAACGUCUUUCAACGCCGUUCACGAGGACCAAUUUUCGAUAUUGAUACGUUUUGCAUUCUUAUUGUUGUUUGUGUUGGGUGGUUGAUGUUAGACACAGUGUGGGAGGCGGAGCACUCGCGCCCCGCCGACUAACAUGUUUGUGAUAUAUUUACUUUGUAAGUAGGUAUAACCAAUACUUCCUCCUCGUAGCUAUAAAUCAGCUUCGGGACUUCCGGAAGCGACAAUCGGUUUAUAGUUAUGUAAGGCAAAAUUUUGUGACACGAGCUUGCUAGUUCUUUAGUAUAUCAUGAAGAGGCGGAAAGUUCACGCAGAACGGCUGGUUUUCACGGAGGUAGAGUAAAGUACUAUUAAGUAAACACCCCAAGUGCACCUUCAAAGUACGGACUGACGGUUUCAAAUCUCCAAAUGAAAUUUUAAGUGAACACAAUCCGGCUGUGCAGCCGUGAUAAUAAUAACAAUAUCUUUAUCGUAGGUUUCCAUAGAUUCAUGUAGUGUUUAUUUUAAUAAUUACGAUUUUUAGAUACGAACAAUAAUGUACAUUUUGAGUAUUGUAUAUAUAGCAUGUACUUAUAUGCCAAUAAAAGUUAUACAAUA